AUGCUCAGAAACUUAUUCAGAACUAUUGUUAUGACGAGGAUGAUUUCACCAAAAAUUAACGGUAGUGUUACUACUUUUGGCAAUUACAAGAGUGUAGUGCCUCUAUCAAUAAGCCGGCCAGCCUUACAAGAGGAUAAAGUUAAAGUAACAUUCCACUUGUAUGACGGUCGGCAAUUGGAAGCUGAGGGUAAGGUCGGUGACACACUGCUGGAUGUGGUGGUCAACAACGACCUAGAUAUUGAUGGAUAUGGUGCCUGCGAAGGGACAGUUACCUGUUCUACAUGCCAUGUUGUACUUACUCAGGAGGAUUUUGACAGGCUUCCAGAAGAAGCCGGUGACGAAGAACGCGAUAUGCUGGACUUGGCUUACGGCCUAACUGACACCUCCAGGCUUGGCUGCCAAAUCACACUGACCAAGGAUUUGAAUGGUCUCGUAGUCAAAAUCCCAGAAGGCGUAAACGACGCGCGAAUAACUCACACGUACGGUUUCCGAUAUCUCCCGUCUCACAAGAGACAAGACAGGCUAAGGAAGGGGUACAGCAAACAUUUGCCGUUGCAAGUCAACAAUAAUUAUUACGAUGCGACUUCGUACGAAAGCCUACAAUUUAGAAAGUAUUAUCCGAAGAGCGAAGCCAUUUUCAAAGAUAUUUUCGACGAUAAAGGCAUGUUAUAUCUGACAAGGGCCAAUAAGGACACAGACAGACUCCUAAAUGAACUUCUGAACGAUGUCAUAACCAUGAAAUCAGAGAAGUAUUUGAGACAGAGAGCCCACCGCUCCAAUGUUGCUAGGAAUGGCGGGAUGGAAUUUGAGUUUAACGAAUUAGUUGCUUAA